AUGACACCGAAGACAUUUGGUACUAUAAAACAUGGUGAUGAUUUAGGCGAUGAUAUCAAAAUUCAGCCCGAUCAAUCACUGUAUCAAGAAUUAGAUCGUCGACAAUUAUUGAAGCAUGCAAGCCAUCCAUCAGGUUUGGGAAUUCAUUUGGUUAAAGACGGGGAACUGGGCUUGGCGAUGUUAAAUCAAACACCUAAAUUCUUGGCACCUGGUCGAUAUACUUUCGUGUCACCAUUUAAUCAUUUAGUUGAUGUUGUUAGCAUCACAGAGAAAUUGAUAACAUUAUCAAACAUUCAAAUUGUUA